CUGUGAAGAUAAUACAUGGCAUUACAAAUUAGCAGUGUUAGCUGCUUUAAAGUUGCUGAAAUUUCAAAAGCAUAAUUAAAUUGGCCAGUAGUGCUUGGAAGACUAGUCAAGAAAUUUCAAAGACACAUUCUGCAUGAGCUUUCAAGAGCUCUGGUCUGGAAAUCUUACCUAUUCUACUGAGUCUCUCCACCUAGAACUUGUGAUCUGUUUAUUCAACUGGUACUGGAUUCAGCGAUGUCAUCUGUAAAAAUUGAGGUUGUUGUGAAAGAGCAUUGCAAGCUUGGAGAGUCACCUUUAUGGGAGGAAAAGAAAAAUUCACUCCUCUUUGUGGAUAUAACCGGCAAAAAAGUAUUACGAUGGAAUUCUCUUACUAAGGAAGUACAAGCUGUUAACGUGGAUGAUGUGGUAAGCUUGGUGGCUCUUCACAAUUCUGGUGAUUAUAUUAUUACCCAAGGACCCCGGUUUGCUGCUCUGAAUUGGAAAAACAAGUCUGUAACCACCAUUAAUCAUGUGGACAGGGAUAAAGCCAAUAAUCGAUUCAAUGAUGGAAAGGUGGAUCCUGCAGGAAGACUGUUUGCAGGCACAAUGGGUAACGAAACUGCGCCAGCAGUGCUAGAACGGAAACAAGGUUCUCUCUUCACCCUAUUCCCUGACCACUCUGUAGUGAAACACUUUAACAGCGUGGACGUCUCCAAUGGUUUGGACUGGUCACUGGAUUGCAGAACAUUCUUUUACAUCGAUAGCCUGUCGUACCGAGUGGAUGCUUUUGACUAUGACCUGCAGACAGGACAGAUCACCAACCGCAGAAGUGUGUAUACAAUGGAACAAGAAGACCACAUUCCAGAUGGAAUGAGUAUUGAUACAGAAGGAAAACUCUGGGUAGCCUGUUACAAUGGAGGACGAGUGAUCCGUAUAGAUCCUGAGACAGGAAAACGGAUUCAGAUCGUGAAGUUGCCUGCAAAUCAAACGACUUCCUGCUGUUUUGGUGGGCCUGAUUAUUCGGAAUUGUAUGUCACUUCUGCUUCUCAAGGAAUGGAUGAGGCUGCAUGGUCACGGGAGCCUCAGGCUGGCAACGUUUUCAAGGUAACUGGACUUGGAGUGAAAGGAAUCCCACCAUGCUCCUAUGCAGGUUAAUUUUUAAAGUAACAACAGAGGACCAGCAUCAAGAACAGCAAAGAAAGGAAAUGUCAGAGAUCUGGAAGUCUGUAUCUCUCAGGAAGCCUUAAAGUGUGACAGACACAGAGGAAGUAAAGCUAAAUAUCACACAGAGAUUUUAAUUUGCCAACAUAACAGAUUGUUUUUUCUCUUAUUGAAAAAAUUAAUUUCCUAAUAAAGUUUGAAAUAUGUUA